GCCGCGUGUCUCCCGCCCUCCCCGGCGCCCGCUCCUUCCCGCCGCGCGGCUCUGGGCUGGGGGUGCCCGGCGCCCCCGCCCUGCAUUGUCCCCGGUGCAGCGCCCCCUGCCGGCCACCGUGCUGCGCUUUUUGGGGCCCGCGGCGCCCUGGCAAAGGCCGUUGAGCCCAGCCCUGAGUUCCCCGACGCUUCCAUGACCGCGCGCGUGGGACUCCAGCCUAUAUGAUGGUGCUGCCCAGAGAUGUGUUUCCUAGGAGAUUCUGGAUCCAAUCAAGUUGAUAAGGAGGAUUAGCCAUCCAUGGGCUCUUGCUACCGUGGACUGACCUGUUCUGCCUCGCCUUCCCUCCCAUGAUGCACUCUGGAACUAUGGAGGUGAUGACUAGGGUCUGUGGGAGAGCCGCAGUUGGAGCCUGGACCCUGAGUCACCAUCUGGGACAGCUACCAUCCACUAGAAAUAGAGGCUAGCUGGCCCUCAAGCUUACAGGCUUCCAUCUUGCCAUAGAGUGCUGAGACUACAAUCUAUGCUACUGAAUCUGGCUUAAGAACAAGCCUCGUGGUGAGGUGGCUGUGAGCUGAACACACCUCUUCUGCUAAGGGCUCUUCUCAUGAUGCUGCUCCAGGCUUGACGCAACAGGACCAAAUGAGCGUGGAAACUUGGAAACUGUGCACGGGGACGGAUCGUUCCUGCUUGUAAGAUAUUUAUUCCCGCGUGGAAGGAUAGCGCCGGGGCUGCCCCUCCUUCUGAACCAUGGUGCCGUGGCUGUGGAAGGGCCUGGUAGGCAUCGGCCUCUUGGCCCUCGCCCACGCUGCCUUUUCAGCCGCACAGCAUCAUUCUCAUAUGCGACUAACGGAAAAGGAGUACAACUCGCUGCCUGCGGAUAUCGUUCUUCAGACACUUCUGGCCUUUGCGGUUACCUGUUACGGCGUAGUUCAUACGGCAGGGGAGUUUAAAGACAGGGAUGCCACUUCAGAACUAAAGAAUAAGACGUUGGACGCCUUAAGGAAUCGCCCGUCCUUUUAUGUGUUUCAUUAUUCUGGUCGUGGACUGUUCCGGCCUUCAGAUACAUGUUCUUCGAACGUCGGCGCAUUGUCUUCUGACAUACGUUUGAAGUUUUGAAAGUUCAGAUCACUGCGCUGCUUAGCCUUUUACCAUUUAAGUAAUAGGGCAGGGGCAGAAUUAAGUCCUGGGAUUUGGAAUGUAAAACCACCUCCUACACGUCAGUAUUUUUAUUGAUAUUUUUCAAACUCAAUUAAAAAAAAAAAAAACUAUAACCAAAGAACAACAACAAAAAAAAGCAAAAGGUAUUUAUCUCGGGUAUCCCGUCACAGCUGUAGGAAGCUGACUAACUGGGGAGGUAUUUGUGGAUGAGGCAAACAUUUGAAUCUCAGCCCAAGGAAAGCAGAGUGCCCUCGAUAAUGCAAGUGGACCUAACCCAGUCAAGGGGCUGAGUGGAACAGAGGCUUAGUAAGGAAGACACGCUCCUGCAUGCUUGAGCUGAGACAGCAGUCUUUCUCUGGCUCCGUCCCCUAAACCCAACAUCAGUCCUUGCGUGUUGAGCCUGCUGGCUCUCAGACUUGCGUGUAGGCUCCCCUGGGCUCUGCCUGGGGACUACAGUUUUGAGGGACGUGCAGGUUUUCCCAGUGCGCAGUCCAGCUCUUCAUUGCGACUCUCACCAUGGGCUCCUCCAGGCUCUCAGACUGAUGAUCUGGGGGCAGCUGUGAGCCGGGAGCUCAAAGAUGGCGAUGCUUUUCCAUGCUGUGUCAGAGAAAGAGGCCAGCGUUCCCAGAAUGGUGGAGAUAAGUGGUAGAGAGUGCCUCGCCCCUGCCAGUCCAGCUGAAGAGGUGGAGAGAGCCUCACCCCUGCCAGUCCAGCUGAAGAGGUGGAGAGAGCCUCACCCCUGCGGGCAGUUCCAUGUGCCGGUUGCUAUGGUCUGGUCAUCCACCGAUUUCUCUUUUGUGCUUGUGGUUCCUUCCGUAUGCGAUUCUGCCGUUUGCAAAUGUGUUAGUGUUUGUCAGAGGACAAGAAUCAACAAGGUGUGUGUGUGUGUGUGUGUGUGUGUGUGUGUGUGUGUGUGUGUGUGUGUGUGUGUGUGUGUGUAUAAAACUGUGCCCUGGUGUCUACAGAGGACUGAUUCUACAACCGUCUACAGGAACCCAAAUCCUCCGAUGCUCCAGUAGGUUUUAGAAAAUGACGUAGUGCUUGCAUCUAACCUAACCUCUCAUAUAAUAUACUUUUAGUCACCUCUAGAUUACACAUAAUACCUAAUACCAUGUAAAUUCUGUAAAGAGUUGUCAUACUGGAUUGUUUAGGGAAUAAUGAUAAGAAAAUGUCUGCAUAUGUUCAGUCCAGAUGGAAUUCUCCACCCUCCCCCACAACCCCACUAAAAAAUUUUUUUUGGUUAGUA